AAGAAGGACUGUUAGCUGCUGCUAGCUACUGCUAGCUGUCCUUGUAGUUGUAUCUUUAGUUUUUAACCCUUUGUGUCCUUCUGUGUGUCUGUGUUUGGUGACUAUAUUCUCUCCGGAUAAACCUCUCCCCGGAUCCUCUUGUGCCUCAACACUGGGAUUAAAUAUUAAUAAUAUAUUAAUAUGUUCAGAAGAAGAAUCCCUUUCUCUCAGAUGGCCUUGGCCACGUUUCUGGGAGUCGCUGGUGGAGUUUAUAUCUACAGACCGUGGUUUGAGCCGGAGCUCAAGACCCAGACACAACAAAACCAGGAGGACGGGUCCAAGAAACAGAAUGAAACAGAAUGAAAUUAUUAAAUACUUCACACACAGGAGCCAGAAGACCUGGAUCAGGAGCCAGAGGAGCUGGAUCAGGAGCCAGAAGACCUGGAUCAGGAGCCAGAAGACCUGGAUCAGGAGCCAGAAGAGCUGGAUCAGGACUGAACCAGAGACCAGACACACCUGAACACAUUCAGGCUUCUUUGUGGUUCUUUGUAUGAUUGUAAAUGUACAGAAUAAGGUAUUCAUUAAUGAAUUAUUAAAUUAAUAAUUCAACCUCC